AUUUAGAUGGUGGUGAACAUCCAUUCCAUUUGCAUGGUCACGUAUUCUGGGUACUCGGUACGGGAGAAAAUAGUACGCAACCGGAUUAUAGUAAAAUAAAUACAAAAGAUCCGAUACAACGUGAUACUUCAACUGUUCCUGCUAACGGAUGGGUAAUUCUUCGGUUUGUAUCAGAUAAUCAUGGUGUAUGGGGAUUCCAUUGUCAUAUUGAGUGGCAUGUAGAAACGGGAUUAGUAGCACAAUUCGUCACUCAACCGGAUGAAGUUAGAAAAUUAAACUCACCCAAAGAUUGGAAAGAAUUAAUUAAAGAUUUACCUUACGACCUUAAAAUAUAA